GUGCGCCGACAUGUCCUUCACCAUUCUUCCAUAUCUCAGAAACCAAUAAAGCAGCCAUCGCUGUCACGAAAUAAUGGCAAUUUCGGGGAUUAAGGAAAGCCACACAAAAGUGAAAUUUCUCCUUUUCAUGACAUCUGUUUACACUGCCAGAUCUGUCAAUGUACGAUGCAUUUGGUACCAAGCUCAUAGUUUUCUUUCCAUUUCCUCCACCUGCUCAAUUCCUGGCCACAUCAAUUGGGUUUCUCAGCCGUACACUCAACGAGGACACCCAAUUUCUUCAUCCUUCUGCCUAAAAUUCAUUUCACAACCCACUUUACUGCAAAAAUCCGUGAACAGUGAGGCCCAAUUUCUUCAUCCUCAUGCCUUAAAAUUCAUUCCUCAGGCCACCAAAAAUCCGCAUGGAGUCCUAAUUUUUUUCCUUUACACCUUCAAAUUCAUUCAACAGACCUCCUUUACUGCAAAAAUUCCUGAGCAGGUAGGCCCGAUUUCGAUGGCGGUGGGGAGAAAGAACAGGACGCGGUGCGAGUUGUGCAGUAAAGACAGCGCUUUGCGCUGCGAGGCAGACUGUGCAAAUCUGUGCUGGGAAUGCGAUGCGAAGGUGCAUUCAGCAAAUUUUUUGGUUGCAAGGCAUUUCAGAACAGUUCUGUGUUGCAGAUGCCAUGGACAAACCUGCACGGCCAUUUGCGGGGCUUGCCCGAGCGCGGAAUUUCGCCUGUGCAGGACUUGCUCAGAAUUGGGCGAUUCGAGGCAAAAUGCGGACAUGAAAGUGCUUUCAGUCCUGAAAAGGUGGUACAGAGCGCUGAAUCUGAGUAGCCCUUGUACGGUUUCUUUAGCCAUGAAUUUGGUUGAAAAAGGGCGGGUGAAACAGGGGAACUUGUUUAAGCAGAAAAUAAGGGUUUAUCUCGCUGCUGCGCUCUGGUCCGCUGCUACAGUCUGCGAAAAUGAGGGCAGUUUGCCACGCUUGAAGAGGGUUGAAGAAUGCACUGGAAUACCAGUGAAAUUGAUCGUUUCGGCUCAGUCCAGGUGUUUCUUCUCUGGACUGGAAAAUGGCUGACCAGUGUGAAGAGGGUUCGGCAGAAUGCUCCUCCUAGACUUUAUUUUUUUGGCCGCCAGCCCUACAUUUACAGUGCAUUAAGAAUAACGUAACAGAGUUUACAUGUUGCUUCGACAUACAGAAACUGUUCGGCACUUGAAUACAAAGAUUUGUCUAACAUAUAAGGUAAAACUAGAAUGAAUGACUUGUGGGCUUGGAGAUGUAUAUAUUUUCAGGAACAGUUAGAUGCUUGGUUAUGAAUUCAUGCCAGUAUUUUAGUCUAUUGAUAAAGGAGUAUGCAUGAUCUAAAAUAUGUGAAUAAUAGUUUGAGAUGAUGUUCUUGUAAGUUGAAUAUGAUGUUCUUGUACGUUGAAUGUAUUAUUGUUAGUGUGAAUAUAUUUCUACAAUUUAUAUGAUAAUCUAUUUUGUGUC